AUGUCAAUAUCAGGUUUCACAUACCCUGGCUGCACUGGGAUAUGGCUGUCACAUUGCUGGCGCCAUGUCUCCUAUAUUCGUACAUGUUCCAGGCCCCCCAUUAUCGCGUCUGGAAUCAUCAGUACGUUUCGUAGCAAGCCCGGCAGCUUUGUGGAGCUGUCUGAUGCCGGGAUACGCGAGGUGCCAUUCCGAACCGUGGACGAGGUCAGAUGCCCGGCCACGCGAGAAAAGACAGAGAUACUACCAGGACUGCAGCUUCUCUCGAACCAGCAAAACUUGACGUCGGAAACAGGCUCCAAUUGUACAGUACCUGGCCUUGCAAAGCCUACUACAUCUUCAGUUAUUGCUAACAUCUUCAAUUGA